UUCAAUGCGGCUACAUAUUUUACGUUUCCAUUGUUUACUGGCAGUAAAUGCCACAGCAUUGCCUGUGUAUAUGCAGCAAACAUCUCAGCCAGCUGUAACUGUAGCUGCUGUGAAAACUACAGGCAAUACUUGGCAAACUUUCAAGAAACCUGGAACUAUGCAGGGCAAGGCUCAGAAGCCUAAGGCACCCCCAAAACCACAGCAGCUUCACUAUUGUGAUGUUUGUAAGAUAAGUUGUGCAGGACCUCAAACUUACCGGUACCGAGAACAUCUUGAAGGCCAGAAGCACAAGAAAAAAGAGGCGGCUGCAAAGGCUGGACCAACGCCGUCCUGCCAUGCAGCCUCGCUGCGUUGUGAACUCUGUGAUGUCACCUGUACCGGUGCAGAUGAAUAUGCUGCUCACAUUCGUGGUGCCAAACAUCAAAAGGUUGUAAAACUUCACCAAAAAUUGGGCAAACCAAUUCCAUCAACUGCCCCUGUUGUAGUUGGAGGUACAACCAAGACAUCAACCACCACGUCAGGAGCUACUGUAGGUGCUAAGACUACCACUAGUGGAGGUACAGCAGCUACCACAGGUACCCUAACUGCUACAGAUGGCAAGAAAGAUGACCUAAAGGAUGAUUUGUUAGACCUCAAGGAAAGUGACGUUGAACCUGCAGGACAAGAUUAUAUUGAAGAAAUUAAAAAUGAAGAAGGCAAAGUGAUCAGUUUCAAUUGCAAGUUGUGUGAGUGUCGUUUCAAUGAUCCCAACGCCAAAGACAUUCACUUGAAGGAUCGUCUUCAUCAAUUAAGGUACAAGAAAAAAGUUAAUCCAGCAUCAGUUGAGGAAUUCAAACCAUCGGCGCUUCAACGUGAACUUCAAGAAGAAAAGCUUCGCCGCCAACAGAUGCUACACUGGGAAGAUCGGAGAAGGUACGAAGAGGAGUGUGAAUAUCACGACUGGUGCCGCUGUUAUCCUAGAGGCCUUCUUGGACCUCCUCCCAUGAUGCCGCCUGGUAUGCCAAGACCGCCUGGAAUGCCUCCAAUGAUGCCUAUGCGCAGACCAGAUUCUAGUGAUGAUCGCCAUGUUCUAGCAAAGCAUGCAGAAAUAUAUCCCAAAGAGGAGGAGCUCUGGGCUAUCCAGAAGAUUGUGUCCAACACAAAAAAGGCUCUGAAAAUGGUGUCUGACUACUUGGCAGAGGUAGAUGCCCCCAAGGAACAGCAGGUUAUGCCAAAGGCUAAAAAAGACGUAAAAGAAGAAGAUCCUAAAGGAGAUGAUGAUAAAAAAGAUGGUGAAAAGAAGGAGGAUGGUCCACCUCGAAUGCUGAAGUGUGUGAUGCGAGUGGGUAUUUUAGCAAAAGGACUCCUGUUGCGAGGAGACACUAGUGUGCAGUUGGUGGUGCUCUGUGGAGAUAAACCUACACGGACUUUAUUAGACAGAGUUGCAGAUAAUCUCCCAAAACAGCUAGCGGUGGUGGCACCGGAAGACAAGUAUGAGAUACAGAGAGUCGUGGAAGAAGCAGCAUUAGUUGUACAGAAUAUUGGAGAGCAGCGGAUUUCGGUGAAUGUGACCCUAACUUCUCCCAUUAUGAGGGAACAGCUUCUUCAUGAUGGAGACUCCCAGGUGACCGCCGCCAAGGAUCCUCCAGAUGCGCUCGACAAGCAGAAAUGUCUGGACGCUCUUGCCGCCAUCAACCAUGCCACGUGGUUCCAGCAUGCCUUGCGGUUGAUUGCAUCCCGUCAGAUACACAAGGUGCUUGGAAUGGACCCAUUUCCACCACCAAAAUUCCAGCGGGGUGGCCGCUUCACUAAUAAGAGGAAACGUGAUAAUUCCACAAGCGAGGGUAAUGACUCCGAGGGUUGAGAUGGAAAGAAAGACAAGAAAGAGGAUGGUGAAGAUUCCAAGAUGGAUAUGGAUAAGGAGACCAAGUAAAAUAAAAAAAAUAUUAAAAGGUGCUGGAAUAGUCGUUAUAUUUUGCUAAUAAUUUUAAGGCAACUUGUCCUUGAUCUUGAUAAUCCUUUUGUUGAUUAAAAUUUCAACACAUCUACUAUGAAGUGUUGAUAGUUGUGUUUUUAACAGGCAGUGUUCCUGCAUUAAGUACUUUUUUAAAUAAAAUGUAUUCCAAUUUAUUCACA